ACAGCGAAAACCCUAAAAUGAGAAGAAGGAUAUAAAAUACCUUGGUUCGGCUUCCGGCUGCUCUAACGCCUCCUUGCACCGCUUUGCUCUCGCUCUCCUUCCGUUCAUUCUCUUUAAGCAGGUAAGUGGCAGGUAAAUUGAAAGAUGGGGCGUGUCAGAACCAAGACCGUGAAGAAAUCUUCUCGUCAAGUCAUCGAGAAGUACUACUCUCGCAUGACUCUUGAUUUCCACACCAACAAGAAGAUCUUGGAAGAAGUUGCGAUCAUCCCUUCAAAGCGACUACGCAACAAGAUUGCUGGAUUCUCCACCCACUUGAUGAAACGUAUCCAAAAGGGUCCAGUGCGUGGAAUCUCACUCAAGCUACAAGAGGAAGAGCGCGAAAGGCGAAUGGACUUUGUCCCCGACGAGUCAGCCAUUAAAACCGAUGAGAUUAAGGUGGACAAAGAGACUCUACAGAUGCUUGCUUCGUUGGGAAUGUCUGAUAUUCCCGGGUUUUCUGUAGUGGAGCCACAAGCUAUGGCACCAGGCAAUGUGUUUGGCCGUCCUGGAAGAAGAUUCUAAGUCUUGCGUUUAUCUAAAUGAGUUAGGAAACAAAGAGUCUUGUUUUUAUCCGAGUGUUAUGGAUUCGACGUUGUUUCCUUCUUCUGUUCGGGAUUAUUGUCUCGCUUUGUUUUGAAUUUUUGUUUAUCAUCUUUUGUCUAUUUGGAACUAAAUCUUGGAUUUGCAAUCAUCAGUUGAAAACAACACUUAGUUUAUCUCUGUUUCUA